AUGGCGGAUCUCGUGAUUCCCAGCCUCGCCUCAAUUUUCGGGCAGGGCCUCCUCGGCUCAGGCAAGGCGCUUUCGGGAGACGUGCGUGAAGGCACGAAUGUGAGAGCGCUCCGCUAUAAGAUGCGCGCUCUCAUGGAGGUACGCGAGGACUCGCCGCAUGCGGGGGCUGUUCGCGAUAUGGCGGCGGACGCUAUGCUCUCCGCGCUGCAGGGGGAAGGCGCGGAUGCUGACGUGGCAGGGGAGAAGACGAGGAGGAUGCUGAAGAGGGAGAAGGGCGAGAAUAAGGGGAAGGAUGAGGGGCAUGAUUGGAGGAAUGAGGAGAGGAAGGAUGAGGGGAAUAAGAGGAAGGAUGAGGGAAAUAAGAGGAAGGAUGAGGAGAAUAAGAGGAAGGAUGAGGAGAAUAAGAGGAAGGAUGAGGAGAAUAAGAGGAAGGAUGAGGGGAAUAGGAGGAAGGACGAGGAGAAUAGUAGGAAGGACGAGGAGAAUAGGAGGAAGGACGAGGAGAAUAAGAGGAAGGACGAGGAGAAUAAGAGGAAGGACGAGGAGAAUAAGAGGAAGGACGAGGAGAAUAAGAGAAAGGAUGACGAAGAGAAUAAGAGGAAGGAUGAGGAGAAUAAGAGGAAGGACGAGAAGAAUAAGAGGAAGGACGAGGAGAAUAUGAGGAAGGACGAGGCGAAUAAAAGGAAGGACGAGGCGAAUAAAAGGAAGGACGAGGCGAAUAAAAGGAAGGACGAGGAGAAUAAGAGGAAGGACGAGGAGAAUAAGAGGAAGGAUGAGGAGAAUAAGAGGAAGGAUGAGGAGGAGAAUAAGAGGAAGGACGAGGAGAAUAAGAGGAAGGACGAGGAGAAUAAGAGGAAGGACGAGGAGAAUAAGAGGAACUAG